AUGAAGUUCACCGCUGCUACCGUUGCUACCGCUGUUGCCGUCCUGGCUACUGGUGUUUUGGCGAAGCCAAUGUUCACCAACACCGUCAUCAACCCCCAGGAGGGCGAGCCUUUCACUCUCACCUUCAGUGGCUGCACGGGUGGCUGCACCAUUACUCUUCAGACCGGCCCCAACUCCCAGGCGCUUGAGGACAUCCGUACCCUAACCACUGAUGCCACCGGUGGCUCCUUCGAUGUCACCCUCAACAACCUUGGCUCGGGCACAUACAGCUUCAAGAUUACUAACAACAGCGACGGCUCGGAUCCUAACUACAGCACCCCAUUCUCUUACACUGGCACUGGCACUACUUCUUCUGGCUCCUCUAGCAGCAUGUCGCCUACUGCUAGCAGCUCCAGCGGCUCCUCAACGGAAUCGUCCUCGACCGACUCAUCUAGUGGAUCGUCUAACACUUCGUCAGCUACAAGCUCGAGUGGCUCGUCCUCCAGCACCGACUCGACCACCUCGACAGGCUCUUCUUCUAGCAGCUCUGCCAGCUCCACCUCUUCUCAGUCAAGCAGCACUACCUCUGCCCAGCCCAGCAGCACGUCUCCUUCCAAUGCUGGCUCCGCGGCCGGCUUUUCUCCUCUCGGCGUCAUCGGUGCCGCCGCUGCCGCCCUUUUCCUGUGA